CUUCAGCCAGAAACAACCACUGCUGUCUCUGGGGGUUUGGCUUCCGCACCCUUGGGAACCCGGAAUCGGAUCAUCCUCAGCCAGGGAGACGUCAGCGUCAGAUUGAUCCCCAAUUUAGGAGGUUUCGCCAUGGGCUCUCCAGGAUUCCCUGUCCUCCAUGUUCUUCUGGGCUUGGUUUGGGCACAGCUGGGUGAGUUGGAUCAAAUACUUCCCAUCUCUUCAGCCUCCUCUGAACUUCCUGAUUCCUCCUCUGCCUACUGUGACUCUUCUUCCUUGGCUAUGAACAGCCCUUGACCAACCAAACAACUCUCAACAAAUGCGACAUCUCUGCAUUGUCUUGGGCUGCACAGUUUUUCUUGUCAGAGCUUGGGACAAAUUGCCCUAAAGUACACCUCCAACCUUUGCCCAAAGGUUGUUGUGUCCGUCCCAAACUAACACAACAAGCUAGACUUGAAUCUUCCCCUCUUCCACACACACCCCGCACAAACUCACAGGUAGUUCUAUCAGACCAUCACUUGUUGCCUUCUCUCGGUUUCUAGCAGCUUCCCGUGCCCAUAAUCUCACUAGGAUAUUUUCUUCCCCCAAAUUUAGGGGCAACUGACACAUACGUGAACAAUAUGACUGUGUGUGACUGUUUCAGCCAUUCUUUCUCUUUUUCUACCUCCCCGUGUUGCUCAAUCAGCUUUGUACUCAUUCUCAUUUUAUUUUGGGGAAGGAUCCUAGCUCAACAUUUUAACAUUUGCUUUGUAUUCAGAAUACCCCAGUUUCAAUCCUCAGCAUCUGAAGGCUGGGCUGGGAAGUAAGCUUGCCUGAAGCUACCAGUGACCGUCAACAAAACUGAGCUAGAUGAUUCUGUAUAAGGCAGUUUCCUAUGUUCCCGUGUUCAGUUUAAAAACUGCCAUUUAAAAACAUCAGCUUAAUUGCUUGCCUUGUUACUAUGCUCUAACAGAGGGCCCACAAAGACUCCCCUGGGUGCCAGCGGCUCGGCUUAUCUUCUCCCUUAGCAGAGAGAAAAGUGAUUGUGGGAAGAGGGUGAACAGGGCAGGAGCCCAACCUGAGCAGUAACCUUAAAUACAUUGCAUCGCCAGGUCUGAGGUGACAUAGACACUAUCCUUUUAAAUCACAUUCAAAGCACAUUUCCCCUCUCAAAGAAUUCUGGGAACUGUAGUUUGUUAAGGGUUGCUGGGAUUUGUAAUUCUGCGAGGGGCAAACUGCAGUGCCCAGAAUUCUUUGAAAAAGGUGUGAUUCCAAUGCGCGUAUAUAUUUCGUGUAUGCAGCCUGAGUCUCGGUGCUGUAGAUUGGAGAAUGUUUUGGGGCUGGCAGGGCAGGAAGCUGAGCAGCUAGCCUCUAACCCAGGGGCAGCCAACAUGGAAAUCUCCAGGUAUUUUUGGACUUCAACACCCAUCAGCCCCAGGCAGUAUGGGCAAUGGUUGGGACGAUGGGAGUUGUAGUCAGAUAACAUCUGGGGGGCAGUGGUGGUUAUGUUCUUCUGUGAGAGUUCCUGUUUUCCCCUUCAUUCACCUGGGGUGGGAAAAUUAGUCCAUCUGUGGCCACUACCGCUUGCUUUCAACAGGGCUGAGGCUUUCAAACAUCCUGUUCUCGCAGGAAGGUUUUGCUUAAGCAUAGUUCUCCUUCAGCUGGUGUGGUGGAUGCAGCUUUAACAUUUCAGCAGCGCCAGGUUUGAGACGGUGCCCUCCCCAACCUCUCACCUUCCAUUGUUGGUCCUGCAACACCCUCUCGGCUCCCAGUGCAGGCAAACUGGUUGCGCUCCCCUAAAUCUGCCUCUUAUGGAUUUAUUAGACCUCCUUUGAGACUCAAAAAAAAAAAGUGUCCCUAAGGAUUGAUUAGGAAACUGCGUCAUAAGGGAAUAAAUUACAUGUUCUCUAUCCCCUUGGUAACAUCUACAGUAGCAAAAUACACGAGACGCUGUUUCAAACUCCAAAUGGGGACAAAGACACCAUCUAUCCUUGUCCUGUCUAGGAUAUUGGUGGGUAAAACCAGGCAAUAAAACUGCUCUUCUGUACUCAGGUACUAUUAGAAAAAUAAAGAUAUGACAUCUGUUUGUUAGAAGCAGACCAAGUCAGGUCCAGCAAGCAUGGUGUAUAUGAGUCAUUAGCUGGUGUGUGUAACUCUUGAACAUCCAUUUCCGGUAAUACAGAGCAAGGAGAACUGACGUGUGUGUGUGCGUAACUGCGCUUGCGCACUUAAAAUUUUUAAAUGCUUACAUCAGUAUGACAGUUUCUAAAGCAGCCAGACCUCCCCACACCUUCCCUUCCAAUACAAAAAAACUCACCAUAGGACACAUAUCUUGUUUGUUUCCCCCCAUUAACCCACUAGCCCAAAACCCCAGGAAGAAGAAGAAAUGCCACAGCAACAUUUAUUUAGUUGGUCCCGAAUAAUCGGUGAUUAGGCAAGACCACCCACUGAUCAGAGGUAGCCUUGGGAGUUACAGGUACACUCACUUACCUGGGCUCAUUGUGUGACCGGUGUCUCACUAUAGUUUGAGUGGAGAAGCACCUGUACUCUAUCCUAACCCCACACUGGGGUGGGAGUGGGCAGGUUAGGACUGCAGCUUUUGUCUGCUAUGUCUCUUUCUAUCCCUUUCCAUCUUGUGAGAGAGGAAGGAACUCUAGAAAUGAUCUUUCCCUGACUUUGAUAGAAGCAUUCCAGCAGUACCAGCUGGGUGUUGUGGCCAUCAAUGCCAGAGGAUGGCACCAAUCCUACGUAAGAUAUUAGAUGCCUUCAGCAGGGCUGCGCUCUCUCUCACACACACACCAGAUUAAAUCUGAGGCCUGAUCUGGAGCUUUGGAAUGGCCCUGAUCUGACCCAGGAUGAUCAGGGACUGAGUGGAUCUCAGAAGAAAAUCUAUUGAGGGCCUUGCACAGCCAUGUGGUCAGGAAGGAGGGAGGCAAAGCUAUGCCUCUUCUUCUUCACUCCCCUUCCACCCACAUGCAGUGGGGAGCUAUAGAAGGAGGAGAUAAACACAGGCUUCCUGCACAUCUCCUUCUCCUUGCUCUCACUGCUGCCAGAAUGUCCUCACAUUUACAAAGCCCCCAAUUGCUCAGGGUUGACCCUAUCCAACUCAGGGCAAUCUGGGGUUACAUCAACCCAAUCCGGCCAAAUCUAAGGUCAACCCAAAUACAGUUAGCGUACCACUCUACCCCAUACCAGAGGUGUACGGUUUUUUACAUGUAAUGUUCAGUGAGUGCAGAGCCUGUACACUUGUGCGCAGAAGAUUUGAGCAGUACAAGUCAACAAGUGUAAACGAUUUCACCCAAACGCUUGUAUAUGUGUUGGGCCAGCUUGUAGUUGUAUUCAGUGUAAUGUGUGAACAAGCCUCUUGCCUUGCUGGAUUAGUCUAAGGUGAGCAAGCUAUGGGUCCUGGGAGUAAGCCCCACUUAACGCAGUGAAGCAGACUUUAAAGUAAACAUAGGUUGGAUUGCGCUGCAUCAUUCCAUCAUACCCAGUAUUCUGUCUCCAACAGUGACCAGCCAGAUGUCUCUGGAAUGAUCUGAAGCAGAUCUGUGUUUCUCUGCAGCAUCUGAUAGUCGACAGCCUUAGACAGAAUCACAGCAUUCUAGAGCUGGAAGGCACCCUGAGGGUCAUCUAGUCCAAACCUCUGCAAUGCAGGAAUCUCAUACAUGACAGGUAGCCAUUCCAACCUCUGCUUAAAAUCCUCCAAGGGAGGGGAGUCCACCACUUCUCUUGCGAGUGUGUUCCACUGUUGAACAACUCUUCCUGUCAGAUAGUCCUUCCUGAAGAUAAUGGUUUUGUUUUUAAGUGUCACCGUGGUCAUGAGCCCAGGCUGAUCUUGUGGCAUUAUCUCUCUUCUGAAGGGCCCAUCUCCUGAAAGUGACAAGCCAUUCAGGGCCAAAACAAACAUGCCUUGUGAGAUCUGUGAGCAGAUUCCACCAAACUGGUUUCCCCUCCAACCACUUUAAAACCACUUUCUGGUAGUGUGCACGAUCAGUGCAUUUGUGGUGAAGGAGAGCUUGUUUAACACACCUCUCCCCACCAUUUCUCAUGUCUAAAUUUCAUUAUCACCCAAGCUGCUAUCUACUGGGGAACCAAAGAGAGAAAAAAGACAAGUUCUUCUACUAUGCCUGUCUUUCUUCUGCUGCUGUAGCAAUAUUUUCAGCUUCCUUGGGGAAGGUAUGUCACUCAGCUAAUAGGACACCUGCUUUGCUUUCAGAAGGUCCCAAGUUCAAUCAGUGGCAUCACCAGGUAGGGCUCGGAAAGACCUCCAUCUGAAACCUUGGUGCUCCAUUGCCCAUCUGUGUAACAGAAAAUUCUAAACUAGAUAAGCCAACUUAUCAGGCUCACUAUAAAGCAGCUUCCUCUGUGUGGCAGAGGAGCAAAUUAGAUCAGGGGAAUGGCAUGGAGAAAAGGCUUAAAACCCACUCUCCCAGCUCCAGUGCCUCAAUCCAAUAAGUGUCCCCUGAAGAAGGCUUCCUUUUGUCUGUCCUCAGUGCACCAUCAAUCAGUUCGACUACAGAGCUACAUGUUCUAGCAUUCACUCUCACCAUUCUCAUCUGUUGCUCAGCUAGGUGAUUUUUCACUCUGGAUUUAAUGAUCUUACCGGGGGAGCGGGGGAGCUGUAGACCAAGUGGUGAACCUGUAGCCCUCCAGAUGUUGGACUACGACUCCCAUCAGCCUCCACCAGCAUGACUAAAGACCGGGGAGGAUGAGAGCUGGAGUCCAAUAACUUCUGGAGGGCUACAGAUUCCUCAUCCCAUCGCCUAGAAUUGCAGUCUUACUCCUUAGACACCCUGAGCAUUGCAUAAAUCAAUACAUAAAACAUUGGUGCCUUACUCUGCAAGGGCUCCCUAGGCAAUAUGUAAGAAAAGUGAUGAGAGGGACAUAAACUUUCUUUGAGAUGCAUAAAAACAUGCAUAAUCCAUGUGGAUUAGUGCUGCAUCCAUGCUGGGCAUCCCCUCACCAAUGCCCCAUACUGCUCACUACGCCACUCUCCUCCCUGCUCCCCCUGUUUACAAGUUACCAGACAGUGGGAGAAGAAAUUCUGAUGUUGUUGCUGCUGCUGCUGCUGCUGCUAAAUGGUCAGCAUGCCAGUCAACAUGCCACAUUGUGCCCUCCGUGGUUGUUUUUGCCUGGAUGGAAUGUGUCUUUCAACUUUGACAAUGCCCCUGGCAAAUCUAGAUGAAGGAUAGAGAGACAUAUGUUCAUCCAUGUAGAAAUUAGCAUACUGUAUUAAAGUAAAAUUAAUGUUGGUUGCUCCACCCAUUUUUCCCCUCUGGCCCUGCCCACUCAGGGCAUGUGGCUCCUGGAAGGUUGCCAAGAAGGAAAUGUGGCCCUUAGGUUGAGAAAGUUUCCCCUCCCCUAUGAUAUGUGAACUCUCAUGCACAGAUGAUCCCACCUCUAGGACACACAACGAUACUUGUGAUUCAGGGACGCUGACUGCUGUGGGGCUCAAAAUCAGGAGCCUGACCUAAUCUAUAGGUCAGUGGUCUUAGGGCAGGAUGUCAAGGGUCCCACUCUACAGAAUGAGUUUGGAAGGGGGAAAGCAGCAGGGCUGUCUUAUCACAUUUCCAAGUAAGUAAGGUAAUGUGCUUGACUGUUAAGUUCAAAGUCUACAACUGCCUAGUUGCAACACUGGUCCUAUGAAUUAAGUCAGGGUGGGGAAUCUGGGGACCUUGAGAUGUUUCUGGACUGCAGCUCCCAUCACCCCUGACAGUCGACCGUGUUGACUGAGGGUGAUGGGAAUGGGAGUCCAGCAAUAUCCAGGUUCCCCACCCCUGGAUUAGGAAUUGGCUUGUUUUACUGUUGGGGCUGCUGUUCAGAGGAGAGAUGUACAGGCAGUUUCAACAUGGGCAUGUACCAAGUGAAUCCAUCAGGUUUUAAGUCUGCAGCCUAGCCAAAGAAUCUCGAAAGGCUAAAGAGGAGAUCCACCUGAGACCUCAGAAAGUGCUAUCAGCAAGAUUAGAUAAGGCGGAACUAGUAAGGGUGAAACGUAACUUCAGAUAGUUAUCCUGUUUAUAGACAGACUCGAAGAGAUGGAAGGGACAUGUUCAUCCACAGAUACAUUAAGGCACAUGGUUAUGUCGGCAGAUGUGGCUGGAGCCAACCACACUCUCACACAUAUUAACACACACACAAACACAUGUACAUGCCCCCCAAUGCUGAUCUACAGGCACAUUAAUAUGCAUUCACACAUGCACAUGCACAUGCACAUGCACACUCAUACUUACACAAACUCAUGGGGAGAAAGACGCACAGGACUCUUAGAAAGGUAACUGAGAUUAUGGCCUUUCCUGUUAUUUGUACGCUUAUGAUCCAUAGGGUUGUGAAGUCUGAAAGAAAGAAAGAAGAAAACUGGAACAGCUUAGAAGACUGAUCUCUUUAUACUUGGCUGAAUUGGGAGCCAAUUAAAAGUUCCCUGUCUCGUCUCUAGAUAGUUUGGUGAUUGCUUUUGGAGACCUUUUUAUUUUUUUAACUCAAGGAAGUUGAUGAAGCUGCAGUUAGAAGUGGAAGGCCAGAAUAGGGGAACGGGGCUUCUGAACCCUUUCCCCUUAUGCAAUUUUUCCCCCCCCCCCCCCGUUUUUCCUGCCCCUGGGGAAAGUUCUCCAAAGAAGACGAAAACACCUUGGAGGGGCAAUUUUUGGUAGAAAAAUUAUGUGAAGCGAGAGAAUUAAGGAACCCCUGCUGGUUUUCUACUUCAAAUGGCAACAUCAGCAGCUGCAUUGGUUAAAAAAAAUAAAAGCCUAUCCCAAAAAAGAAUUGCGGAACUAUACAUAACAUGUAGUUUUCACCCUCAGUUUCCACCAGAUGGAUUCAACAGCACCAGCUGACUGCAGGAGGCUUAGAGAUGGGUGUUGAUUUCCCUACCAUGAGGUGGACUUUUUAUUCUGGACCCUUUUUCAUCACCAGCCAGUCAAGCAUCUGAUUGUUCUUUGAUAUGCUUUCGAGCCUUUACCAAUCAACAGGAAAAGAUUAAUUUCAAAGAAGCCUCAGCAUUGCGGUCUAGUUCACAUCUCUGCUUCCGUUUGAUUCCAGCUUCCUAGAUUAGUCACCUGGAGGUGGAGUGUUGCUUUGCCUGUCAGUAAUUCUCUGGGUGCAGAAACUGAUCAUGAGCAAAGCAAUCAUUAUUCUGACUUCGCAUGGCCCAGGACCCCCUCAAUUGCGGGGGCAAGGCAGCACAUGUGAGAUGUAUCCAAUGCUUCCCCUCCCUUGGUCAAAAAUGUAGUGCCAUUACUCACAUCACAGGCACCAGAACAAAAUUUUCUGCUGCUCAGGGCAGGUGAACCCCAUCACAAAAAGUACUGAAUGCAUAUAUAGUGGUUUUUAUUAGACCCUGUAAUCUAAAACAUUUUUCAAUAGUACUAUAAUUUUGCCUAAUUCCAGCUUUUCCACUAUUUAUUUAUUUAUUUAUUUGCAACUCAUGCUUGUAAUUUUUGAAGAAGAAAGCUUCCAAACAGUUUAACUGAUGCAUCUCUAAUACAAAUUUUGUGGGGUCACCUAAUAAUUCUCAGUAGCCUUAAACUAGAUUUCCCAGGAUUCUUUGGGGGAAGCCAUAACUGUUUACAAAGUGGCAUGAUACUGGCUUUAAAUAUACAGUGCAGGUGGGACUCAAGAUGGUGGUGGGAAUGCCCUGGGGAAACAUGCCAAACCUCUCUUUUCUCAAACCUCUCUCUUUUCUUCCUUUUCUUUUCAUAGGAGCUGUCCAAGCCCAGAGAGGUAAGAACCUUUUCACACCUUCUUUCAUAUUAUUUACUGCUGCUACUGUUUUAAAUAAAUGAUGCAAGCAGAAUAUGGGAGCCUGUGAUAAAGAAACUUUUAUUUAGGCUGUUCAGUUCCUAACAGUGAUAUAGCAAGGGGGCACCUGUUCUUUGAGGUUUCAAUUCCUUGACUGUAGUUCCUCCAGAUUCUUGCACCACUUACAGCCCCUUGUGAAACACUUCAGUUUCUACUUUCAGUCUCUCACUAUCAAGACACCCAGCCUUGUCAGGUGGUUGUAUCCUACAAGUGCUGACAGUUGCCCAAUGGUGGGGACAGGGAAGCUGCGGCCCUCCAGAGUUUUAAUAUUUUUUCUCAUAAUAUUAAAUCCUGCCUUUCACAAUGCCCCCAGUCGAGAAGUUUGUGGGGGGGUUUUAAACCCUAGUGGCUGCUGUUCUGUGUGUCUCAUGAUUCCACUGCUGUUUCUCCCCAGACUGUGGCAGCUGCUACCAGCUCAACCCAGGCACCAUUGCCGGCGUGGUGCUGGGAGAUCUGCUGCUGACUUUGCUCAUUGCAUUGGCUGUAUACUACGUGGCUGCCUGCAUCCAUCAACGCCAAUCAGCUGGUAAGGAGAGAAAAGCCAUUCUUACUGCAGAUAUUAAUAUUGUGCAGCUUGAAGCAAAUGGAUGCAUAAAAAAUGACUCAUUUUCAAAUAAAAAUUGUCCAGACUCAUAAGUAUUAUUCAAAGCUUUACUAACCAGAACUUAUUCAAAACAGGUAAAAAAAAAAAAAAUCAAUAAUGCAUCCAGAUAGUUCCCUAAGACAUAUACUUGUCCAAGCAUAGGCUCAGCAUCUUCUUAGAAAUAUAAUAACUCUAAACAAACCUAGAAUCAAAUGUAUUUCUCUCCUUACAGUCUCUGUUAGCCUGGAGCUGUAUUAUCUUCCAGAGAGACUCAUUUUCACAUCUUUUUCCCACUGUGUCCGGGAACAGAAGACCAAAGGCAACUCCCUUCAAAAUGGCAAUUUGCAACCAAAUACCUUAAUCACAUGAUCUAAGGUUAAACACCCAUGUGAAAGAGCAGUGAACAUCAACAUUUAGCCCAUCUAGAAGCUCAAAACUUUGUUUUAGCACACUCAAAUAGAAUUUCCGAUUGUUAAAACCCUUAGCAAUACACAUACAGGCAUUUUCCAUUUCUAUGUCAAUUAAAGAAUUGCACUUAACAAUUAUUGUUCCCUGAGCUUGGUUGAUCGUUCCCCUUCUGAAAAAACGGCGGAGGUUAACACUACAUGCAUAGAUGUGAACAAGGCAAGAAGCCUAUAAACCUGCUGCAUGGGUGUCCACUGAAUGCGCACGGGGAGUGGGGGAUUGUUCCUGCUGACCCUGCCCAUCUUCUCUGCAGUUUAGCAUAACUUGGGUGUAGAACCUAUAUAUGGAAAAUCUGUACAGCUUAUGCCAAAAGCAGAGUCCCAGCCACCUAGCCAUACAAGUUCAGUGUAUCUUGAUUGGAUAUGGGUACAAGACUAGAAACUAGAGCUGAGCAGAAAUACUGGGGUUGAGAACUGCGAAAUACUGCGAGGGUUGAGAAAAUCUCUGAGAUUCUUCUUUUUCUCACCCUACCCCUUAAGAAAAAGGAGGCCACUUUGCAGAAUUUUCUCCAAAUAUUCGAAGGUUUUUUUGGUGGUAGUCACCAUUCUCAUGUCCCCCACAAUGCCAUGGGGUGACAUUAGGUCUUAGGCAUUGGGAAGGAUGUCUUGGGGAGGAUGCAAAGCUGGCUGCCAGCAUAAUUACUACUGCUGAUGUCAUGGAAGGAAGGAAGGAAGGAAGGAAGGAAGGAAGGAAGGAAGGAAGGAAGGAAGGAAUUGUGCAAAUGUCGCUGCUAAUCAUGAACCCACUCCCAAGAAACUGUUGAAUGAUUUCUCCUCCUUACCUGCAAAAAAGAUUGUGGAGUGAAAUUGUCUCCCCAACUUCUGCUUUGUGCUAAUUUGCGUGCAUCUCUGCUAGAAACACAGAAAUAAACAGAUGCAAAGAAACUAUUUUCUCUCUACAAGUGGAAAAAGUAUCUUUCCCCAACAGAUAUGGGAAAGCAGUUUGGGAAGGUGAUUCUCUUUUUCUAAGCAGGCAAAUGGCAGGCUAAGAAAGGACUAACCAAUCCCUUCCAACUGUGCCACUGUUUGCAGCUCCUGAGCUUACUUUCCAUAACUCCCUUUAAUAGCAAAUGGACGUGGUGAGUGGCAGAACUUGGUGUCUCAUAUUUCAGUGGCGCUCCGUGUAAUGCCAAAAUCCAGUGCCCUUCCCCGCCUCUCAUCUUCCAUUGGAGUAAUAGUGGCAGAGCUGCUCCGGUGCCCCAGAAACUCUGUGCUUGAAGUGACUGCUGGAGUCGUGCUCCCCAAGAGCACCUCUGUGGCUGGAGUCAAAAGAGGACCACAGCGAGUUUGUGAGAACCAGAGGUUUGCAGACACAAGCAAGUAAACAAGCAGACAAUAAAUUGCAAUGGAAGAGGAAACAGACUAAUGCAGACUGAGCACGCUCAGUAGCCACAGGAUGUUACAUGUUAAUUGGAACGGGGGGAAAUGGAAAAGGGAGGAUGGAGGAUGGAAUGGAGCAUCCUGGAGAAGGGCUUAGCUGGCUGUGACAUGUAAAAGUGUCGGUUUCCUUUUUUAAAGCCAAGGAAAAGACUUGCAGAACUCUGCCUAGCUUCUAAUUUGGCCUUCUCAGCUUGCAGCCGGAGGUUUUAACUGAACCCUUUUAACCACAAACUUUAACCAGCAUUACACCCUUCCUCCCUUGAGCAGGGAGGACAAAGUAACCUCAGCUCCCACCUGCUGAGGCUUUUUUGCCUCUCUAUUUGCCUUUGAAGAACAAGACUCCGGCAGGGGAGGGUUAGAAACUUCAGAGCGAUCCUAGUUAUUCUUGGCCAGCCAUUUGUAGGACCCUGAAGCAAGUUUUAGCCAAGAUAUUGUCAUGCUAGCUCAGAGGCACCGGCUUGUGAGGGUGAUUGGGGGGGCACUAUUGCACGUGUGACGUCACACAUGUGCAACAUCCUGAGGUCAUCGGGAAGAGCAAGACACUGUGGUCACACGGCUCCUCCUCUGCCUCCUCCUAGCGCUGCCACCGGCGAGAGGCUGCCUCACCCCUUCUUCCCUUCAUGGAAGGUGGAGGAACAGAAGGAAGCAGCCGCUGGAGUUAUGCUUCCUCUCUCACCACAGUCUCAACGAAAAUCCCCCCACUGUGUGAACUAGGGGUUUUCAUUAUAAGGUGCCUAGCAUUCAUGAGAGGGGAGAGGUUAUUUACCUCAGGACCAUGGUGGGGAGGACCUUCCUCCUGCAUAUCUGAUGAAAGUUGAGGUGAUCCCCCAUAGCAACUUUUUUUAAAAAAAUGGCCCUUCCGGUGAAUCUUUCAAUACCGUAUCUCCUUUCACCUUAGGGGGUGUGCUGGGCAAAUAUCUGAGAGGAAUGGCUCACACUAAGAGCUUAUUCACACUUCUGCUUAUCCCACAGCUAGAAAGCCUGGCUCCUUUCCCAGGGAAAACCUACUCUUUAGCUUUAAAUCAGAACAAACAGCAUUAUGCAGAAUACCCAAGUGGAGUUUGCUCUGAUUGAGAGCUAAAGAGCGGUUUUCCCGGGGGCGGCGGGAAGCAGCAGAACAAGAGGAUGUGUGGAUAAGCCCUCAGACACGUAACUGACAAAUGUUGAUAUAACUCUCAAAUACCAGAGUCUCGUUUAUGCUUGAAAAAUAGCAUCUAUGUCAGCCUGUCAUCCUCCAGCUAUUUCACCCAAAACAUACAGAGGGUGACGGGUUAGCAGCACCUGAUCUACACAGAUGGAAUAAGAGGCAGAACUGUUUCUCUCCCACAUGCAAACACUUAUUUUUCUUCUUCUUAGGAGACCUAAAGAACCCUCCUCAUGAGUCCCCAUAUGAGGUGAGUGUGACCAUGUGAUUCCUUGCUUUGACCCUGAGGCCUACUGAGCAGGCCUGUUGUGAUGAGCCAAGCCGUUGCCAUGACGAUGAGCCCUGAAUCAUUGCCACAAUGGGAAGGCAAACCAAGGCAUUAUACCCUGAUAGGUUGAAUGCUGGUGUGCGUGUUAAUCUGUUUUUAGUUUAUUGCUGUUUUUAAUUUUUUCCCUAUUUUCAAUAGCUUAAAAAAAAAACAUUUUUAUUGAUAAUUUUACUAUUUUUUGUAAACCAUUUUGAGGUUUUUGUUUUGUUUUGUUUUUUGCCGUCCAGCAGUAUAUAGACUUUAUGAAAUUUAUUUAAUUAAUAAAUUAUAGUGCCAGGGCAGAAAAUCAAAACGGAGCAUGCAUAUGCACAUAGCGGUCAGGGUUGCCUCCAAUUCGUUGCCCAAAAAAUGAGGAAAUGCAUGUCCAGAAGGGAAAUCACAGUCAGGUAUAAAAUUUUCAUGUAGUAAUUUAUAUGUAUGUAUCCCAUAGGGUGUGCAGAUGGUGGCCAGGUCUCCUGCCCACUGUAAAGUCCCCUUACUCUCCAUUCUUAGCAGCAAAUUAUCAAAAAGAAGAUUCAUUCAGACAGAGGACCAAAGCCCCUUCCACCCCCUAUAAUAGACAUCCCUGUCCCAGCUGCUGCACUUCUGACAAAGGAGAAGAAAUGACUAUUCAGCCAGCCAAAUAAUGAAGAUAUGCCUUGAAACUCUGCUUCUUUCUUCCCUUACAGGAGCUCCAAGUCCGUGGGGUGGAUAUUUACAGUGACCUCAAAAAUCCCGGCCCUGGAACCUACAAAUAGUCUUCCUUCUCUGUGUUGCUCUUUUGAGCUUCUACGUACAGUGGUACCUCGGGUUACAUACGCUUCAGGUUACAUACGCUUCAGGUUAAAGACUCCGCUAACCCAGAAAUAGUGCUUCAGGUUGCUUCAGGUUAAGAACUUUGCUUCAGGAUGAGAACAGAAAUCGUGCUCCGGCGGCGCGGCAGCAGCGGGAGGCCCCAUUGGCUAAAGAGGUGUUUCAGGUUAAGAACAGUUUCAGGUUAAGUACGGGCCUCCAGAACGAAUUAAAUACUUAACCUGAGGUACCACUGUACAAGAUUGCUGUUCAGUUUCUCCUCUUCAGCAGGCCUAUUCAGAAGUUGUACUUUAAGGAGAGCUUUCUAACUGUGAACUUUCAUUUGCUUCUUCUCAAUAUAGAACUUCCUCCACAGAGAUCGUCUGCUCUAUUUUUGUGGAGCGUGUUCUGUCCCGUCCCCACCCACCUACCCACAUGCAUCAAUUGCAACAUGGUCAGAACUGCUACGAGUUGAGACACAAUGCAGAGCUCUUGGUGGGAGGGGAUUGGGACAUGUGAGCCCACCUUUCUUCAACCAGGACCCCCUUCUUCAAGCAUAGAAACUCUGGCUGGUGGCCAAAUCCCAGGUAAUGCUGUGUCAUGCAUAAGACUAGAGGAGAAAUCCAUUUCGGCUGACAUUUAAAGGCCAACUUACCUAAUUUCAGAAACCAUGCAUGAAUGGAAGCAAAGCCCUCCUUUGAAAUUUGCACUUCCCCAAAUUUGGCAAUGCAGUUCUCCAGCCAAAAAUCCAUAUAUAUGAGGAAGCCAUCCAUAUAAAUGCAUAUAUUUGUGAAAAUGACGCACAAGCAUGCAUGAUACUAGCUUUGCAAAAGUGGGCAUCUUAGGCAAAAUUGCAUACCAAAAAAAAAUCUAUUCAAAGAAAUGUGCACUAUGAUGCUGAUGUAUUUUCAUGAGGACUUAUAAAAAAUAAUUUGCAAACCACCUAGCAGCUGAUGUGUGGGGUAGCACUACAGCAGCUGCCGUUUUCCUGUGCAUUCUCCAGCCAGCUCCAGAGCGUCAUGGAGAAAGAGCCAGAGAGCAGGGGGAAAUGGACAUUCGGAAGCAUUUUAGAGGGCACUCCCCAAUUUUCAUGAUUUUGCUUAUGAGCGUGGGGGCCUGCAAGGUAACCCCAGUGCAAAUGGGGGAUGCCUAUAUCAAAUAUGCCAAAUAUAUAUUGUAAAAAAUGCAGUGUAAUUAUUCCAAUAAAUAAUUAAACAAAUCAAA